AUGAUAGUAAGGUCUAUAUCUUGUGAUUUUAAAGCAACUAACAAUGAAGCAGAAUAUGAAGCUUUGAUUGCAGAAAUGAUCGUCACAAAAGAUUUAGGUGCCACAUCCUUGGAUAUCUACAGUGACUCCCUUCUCAUCGUCAGCCGGAUAACAGGUGACUUCGCAGCCAAAGACUCCAAAAUGACAGCAUACCUCGAUGUCGCCAAAGAAAAAGCCAGACACUUUGACCAUUUCACUAUCUCACAAAUCCCAAGAGACCAAAAUGCCCAAGCCGACGCAUUAGCAAACCUAGCUUCCGCCCUUAAAAAGACCACCUUCUCAAAUAUUCCUUUAGUCCACUUGCAAAAACCAUCCGUGUCCACCAAAGAAAUCUUACCCAUUGAUGACGUCGAUGACGACGAUGAUUGGACCAAACCCAUUGUAGAUUACCUAACCAAAGACAUCCUCCCCAAUAACAAGGCGGAAUCUCAAAAACUCAAAUACAAAGCCGAUCGAUACCAUAUCGUCGACGGAGUCCUAUUCCACAAAUCAGCGUUAGGGUUAUCCCAAAGAUGCAUCCAAAAACAUGAACAACAGUCCAUCCUUAGCCACUUGAACGACGGAAUAUGCAGUAGUCACGUCAGAGGAAGAAGACUAGCCAAAAUUGCGAAAAGACAAGGAUACUUCUGGCCGACGCUUCACGAAGACGCAGUGCAAUAUGUGACCAGAUGCAACAGCUGUCAGCGGUUCGCCAACACCGUCCAUAAACCGUCGGAACCCCUCCACCAGACGUUUUCUCCGUGGCCCUUCAUGAGAUGGGGAAUGGAUAUAGUCGGGAAGCUACCCGCAGCACCAGGGCAAAGAGUUUAUAUGCUAGCACUAACCGAUUAUUUUUCCAAAUGGAUUGAGAAGUUUUGCAUAGAGCUAACAACGUCGACGCCAAGGUAUCCACAAGCCAACGGACAGGCCGAGUCCAGCAACAAAGUUGUCAUGGAGGCCAUCAAAAAAAGGAUAAAAACAGCUAAAGGCAAAUGGGCCUACGAGCUCCCAGCAGUCCUAUGGGCCAACCAGACGACGCCAAGAGAAGUGACGGGGCAGACGCCCUUCUCCCUGGUCUACGGAUGUGAAGUCGUUCUCCCAGUAGAGGCCGACUUCCCGACGUCAAGAUUCGGUCUCAUGACGGAAGAAAGAAAUCAGGAGGAAAUGGAGGACAACUUAGAUGCAACCGAAGAAUUAAGAGAGGCGGCGUUAAUCAGAAUGGCGGCACAACAACAGAUCGUCGCAAGAAGGUUCAAUAAAAACGUCAAGGCCAAAACAUUCCAACUAGGUGACUGGGUACUCAGGAAAGCAUUCCAGAACACUAAGAAUCCGGCCGACGGAAAGCUUUCCCCUCCAUGGGAAGGUCCAUAUAAAAUCACCCAAGUCGUCGGAAAUGGCGCUUAUCGACUGACCGACCAAAAAGGCAACCCCGUUCCAAGAAGCUGGAACGCAACUCAUCUCAGAAAAUACUACUUCUAA